UGCUCUAUUGCUGCUGCAGUUUCCUUUUACGUUCUGUAUUGGACUGGGAUAACAUGCACAUUUCAACCAGUUUUUAGUAAUUUACUGAAUAGUAGGCCCUAUCUAAAACAAUAUAGGCACACACAACUUGUCCAUAAACAUUAUGAUGUUAACUCAAUUGCCAGAAAUAAGCUCAGACCAGGUAAAGGAAGCUAUUAGAAAGUUGGUACAAUUCUUACAGGCAACGCUUCGGAUCUCCGAUGCACAUACUGUGGAUUUCUAUACUGAAGAUGUUUGGAACAAGCUUGUAGCUAUAUCCCCAGAUACUGUACUUUCAUCACUCAGUCAACACCCAAGGACAUCUGUUCGUGAAUACAGCGACAUUCCUGAUGUUUCAAGUAUAUUUUCUGAUGCUACACAGAAAUUGGUCAAUUUAGAUGCUUUUGUGGAAGCCAGCCAGUACCAUUCUCUGGUGAAUCUGGGAGUAUGUACACCGGUAGAUGAGCUACUUGAUGCCUUCUCCAUCCAGAGAAGACCAAAAACGGAAACAGAAGUGAAAGCUGACCAGUUUAUGAAUGAUAAAAAAUCGCAUGAAGUUUUGAUCAUGUCUGACCUAGUUGACACCGUUGCAAAUAUUUGUGGAGUGAAACAGGUCAUAGACUUGGGUGCCGGAAAGGGUUAUUUAAGUUCAUAUUUAUCCAUGCGAUAUGACCUGAAAGUUUAUGGGAUUGACUCUUCUCAUACCAACACAGACGGAGCCAAGAAGAGAAACCGGAAAUUGAAAAAAUACUGGCAAGUCUAUGAAACUAAUACCAGCAAAACGUCAAGAGAACACACAUUUGACCAAAAGAAAGCAAGUUCUUUGCCAAAGGCGUCAAGCUUGGAAGUAAAUACCAACAGAAGCUUUUCAAAACCACAGAUUAGUUCCUUAACAUUAGAGGGUUUAUCAAUUUCCGAUUCAACCGCGGCAGAUAACAUCAAUGUAGCUAAAGACUUGUUUAAGAAGGAAAUUCAUAAAGAAGACUGUACAACAAUAGAUAGAGCUGAUGUUUCUGAAACUACGCUCUCGUUUUUGGAUGUCCUUCCAUCUGGUGCCGUUGAAUUGCCCUUGGAAUCAAAUAGUGUUAUCAAGGUUCUUAGUGAACAGGAAAGAGCGCAAAGAAAGGAAAAUAACCUAAAGUUGAAAAGGCAGAGUGAAUCCAAUGUUUAUAAGCCACUUACUUCGUAUGUUACUGCAGAGACAGAGCUACGCGACAUCAUUACCGACUUUGAGGAAGCUAUCAUGGUUGGUUUGCACACGUGUGGAGACCUUGCCCCAAACACAUUACGCAUUUAUACCUCCAAGCCUGAAAUUAAAGCAGUGUGCAGUGUUGGUUGUUGCUAUCAUCUACUCUCUGAAGAGUUUGACAGCCCAGAUAAAGCUAAGACGGUGGAAGCAUGGGGUUUUCCAUUAAGCCAGUUUUUGAAGAAAAACUGCUGUUGCAUUGGACGUAAUGCUAGAAUGUCAGCUUGUUUGGCUUUGGAGCGUGUUGCGGUCGGCCAAGGGCUGCCCAGUGAGUCCUUGUUUUAUCGAGCUGUGCUACAGGUCAUUUGCAGAGACGUCUACGGUAUCACCCAAAGGGAAUGGCAAAAAUUGCAAAAAACAAGUACAAGUGAUUUGAAAGACAAAGUGAGUGAACAACGUGUUGGGAAGAUUUAUGCAAAAUCCACAAGCUUUGCUGAUUAUGUCAGGAAGUCUCUGAGAAAACUUGGACAAGAUGAUUCAAAGCUGUCAGACCAACAGAUCAGAGACUACUUUGAGACGUUCAAGCACAGAAAAAUUGAACUGGAAGCAUUUAAUAUGCUGAAAGUCUCCCUGGCUCCGUGUAUCGAGGCCUUGAUCUUGCUGGACCGACUAUGUUAUCUUAAAGAGCAGGAGGGCCUUGGCUGGUCUGGAGUGGUGAGGUUGUUUGAUCCAGUGAAGUCCCCAAGAUGUUAUGCAGUGAUUUCUUUGAAACCGUUGUAAUUUUGUGAAAAACAUUUUUUUUCCUGUGCAUAUUUUGCUUUACAUUACCUGAGAGGUCUGUUAGUGCUUCCAUCAUGAAUGCCAAGUAAUUUAAAUUAUAAAUGUAAAUUGUUUUUAUUUUUUUUAGCUCUUUGGCUAUUUUAUAAUAAAUAAACACUCCAAGUAAUAUAACUAUUACUGUGUGAUAUAUUUGUUGUGGUGUCAGGAGUGUUCUGGCUCAUCUUCCCCCAAUCUAUGUAGUCAAACAGUUUUUUGACUUUUUACCUGGGGUUCACGGGUGCUGCUCCUUGCCGGCCAGAUAUUCAGAAGCUCUCUGCCUGAGCUGAGCUCGCUCUGCACUGAAGGAGCUUCCUGUUCGCACACCUGAAUGGAUGGGAGAGGGAAUGGUGCCUGGACCCCAGGUAAGAAUUCAAACCAUUAGAAAACUGCUUACAUUUCUGGAGUGCCAGGGCACUUCUUUAAGCAUAACCAUUACAACACACUGUAGUAGUUAUGGUGCUUGGUAUGUUCCAAUAAAAAUGUAGUGGAAAUUGGGCGAUUCAUUUUGAUGCUGCUGUGCUGCCACUGAUCAAGUUGUAAGGAACGUAUUAAAUCUGUACAGUGCUGAUUGCAAAUCGUGAACUAAGACAUCAAGUGGUGUGCCUUGAAGGAUUUGUACAUACUCCAAAAAGGUGUAGGAUGGCAGAUUAUGUUUUUUCCUUAUACCAAAGCUCUUUGCACUGCUUGUGCUUGCAUUCAAAACCUCGUAAACCAAAUGCCUAGCUGGACCACUGAUCUCUGUUUCAUGUAAAGAUGAAUAAAGGUCCAGCUGAUGUAGACCAAUGUCUUUAUUUUACUGUAUGUGGGGAGCAUCAUUGUCAUUGGUCAGCAUUGUCUGUUAAAUCAGAGUUUGGUGGUAAAUACACCUCUCCAGAAAACAAACAAAAAAACAACACAUUUCUCCGUUCUUCCCCAUUGAAUAAUAGCAUUUAUAUUACGUUAUAUUUUAAACUUCUGUUUUUAACUUUAUGGAGACCAUUUCUAAUGAUCUAUCAUGAUUAGAGUUGUGAAAGGGCAUCUUCUGGUUCUUCUCAAUCUUCGUGGCAUAUUUCCAGAUAUCUUUUUAUUGUAUGAUUGAGUAACUCUAAAUCAUGGCCUAAAGUAUUGCAGAACCACCGACCAUUAUUAAACCAUGAUAGGACCAAUAUAUGGGACUUUUUAUUGAAGAAAAACAUAUUGCAUGAUCAUGUCUAUGUACUCUUAUUUACUGGUAUCUGUAUUGGUUUUGUAUAUUUAGGUAUUUAAUGGGAUGCAAGGGCAUGUUUCAUUGUAUAAUGAAAAAUUAAACUGUGCCAAUAAAAUUAUUUCCUAGAAAACA